AUGGAGGACAAGACGAUUUAUACAUGCGUGGAAGUGCUCAUUGGAUUUUGUUGCUGUCUGGGUAACAUGUUGGUUAUUUUGGCCCUUUGGACCAGUAAAAGCAUUCGGCAACCGACCUUCUGCCUUAUUGUCUCGCUGGCUUUGGCUGAUUUUCUGGUUGGCUUUGUGGCCAUACCGUUGGCUGUACUGGUGGAUGGACGAGUGAAGACUUCAUUCGAAAUUUGUCUCUUUAUCAGCUGUGUGGUUAUUCUGUUGACCCUCGUUUCAGUUCUGUGCCUGACAGCUAUUGCUGUGGAUCGUUUCCUUCGGGUGUAUAUCCCUAUUAGGUACAAAAGGAUUGUAACACAGAGACUCUCUUGUUGUAUGGUAGCAGCAUGUUGGCUUGUUGCAGUCUCUCUCAGCUUUGCCCCCAUGUUUGGGUGGCACAACAGUAAAAACAAUAAUUCUACAUCCUGCAAGUUUAUAGAGGUUAUCUCACCGCAGUACCUGGUUUAUUUCAACUUUUUCCUCUGCACAUUGACACCUCUGUUGGUAAUGACUGCUUUGUACAUCUAUAUCUUCUGCACAAUCCGAAGAAAACUUCGAGAUAAACCAGGCAGCCAUGCCACAAAUUCGUACAACUACCUAAGGAAAGAGAGACAGCUAGCAGGAUCUUUGUCUCUGGUAUUGGCCCUGUUUGCCCUGUCCUGGCUCCCGCUCCACAUAAUGAAUUGUAUUCUUUACUUUGGACAGAACAAUGUACCAGAAGACGCUUUCUAUGUUGGGAUUGUGCUCUCUCAUGCUAACUCAGCUGUCAACCCAGUUGUCUAUGCAUUCAAAAUACAAAAAAUCAAGAGAGCAUAUCUAAAGAUUUGGAGACGGUAUAUUUCAUGUGCAGCAGAAAAUCAGGAAUCCCAGACAAGCCAGACAGACGACAGAUCCAGCAGUAACGUCAAUGAAUGA